AUGGCAGGCGCUACUCCUCCUCAGUGCCGCUGGUUCGUCCGUCGCUACCCAGCUCGCGGUCGUUCCAUACUCCAGGCAAGGCCCCAACAGCCUGACGGCAGCAACGAAGCCAGCAAAUCCAGCAACGCCAACGAGACCUUGGGCUAUCUUGCAUACCCGAUCGAGAUCCAACGCAUGAUAGCUGGCCACAAUGUCUUAAGCGCUCGCGAUCGCAAGAACCUGGUCAGGACCUGCCGAACCGCCUACGACAACUUGUUGCACGUCAUUUACGAGAAGGACCGCGACGAAGGCGGUUUCAAAGCUCUUGAGCACGGGGUCAAGACUGCGGACGUGGCUCUUCUAGAGCGCACAGUAGAGUUCCAGGGAAGAGACAUCCUCGCCCACGAGUUCGAUUGUGAAUACUGGCCAGAUGGACAUGGUUAUGCCCGGCCAACAGCCUUGGCCCUAGCCGUCCGUUCCCUAAGAGUCGACGUCGUCCGAUUCUUGCUCUCCAAAGGGGCAGAUGCCAAUCACUCAUUUGACAUCUACUUGGUACCUUCAUAUAGCCGCCUUAAUCAGGUUUGGCCAACUGGCAUCUCGAUAUCCCAGAGCGAAGCGGCAUCAUGCUUUCCCAUCCAUCUGGCUUUGAGCGCUCAAACCAACCGACCGGCCUCAGCGCGUCUCGAAGUCGUCAAGUCCUUGCUCGAGCACGGUGCAGAACCCAAUCGGAAGUCCACCCUACUGUCUUCUGGGUGCAUCCACGAAGGGGUCACGCCGCUAUCUCUCUCGCUAGAAACGGGUAUCUCAGCAGAGGUCCUCCGAUUGUUGUUGGACCGCGGCGCGAAUCAGACCGAGGUUGAUCUGCCGCUUACCUAUUUCAAGCAACUUGUCGGCGAAGCCAGCCCGUUCUGUUUCCCCAAACCAGUCUACUUAUGCAGCCCGAGUCCAUCGCUAAUGCAUACCUACGGGCUUCGGGCCUCAGAUAUGGAUGCCGAACCCCGAGACCCCUUACGGAACCGUACUGAACCUCGCGAGAAGAAGCUGGCUAAACUCGGAGUCCUCUUACAGAACCAUCCUGACGCGGGUGGCCUGACAGUGCAGAUGUACGUCACCAUACUGGAAGAAGCCAUCAAGCCGAAUACCCGUGACCUGUGCAAGGUCCUUUCUGAACUCGGACAGAAACCCGACUUCGCACUAGUGGAAAUUCAGGUGGGCUGCGCCGGCAACAUCCUCAACAGGAUCUUUCGGAGCCUGAUGCUGGAACUUCCUUGGGCUCGAAAAAAUGGGAACUUCGACAACUGUCAAGCGCGAGCAGACGUGCUCAUCAUGCUUGUGGAAGCCGGUAGGAACCCAAGAGUCAAAGGCCCUACAGGAGAGAUGUCCUUCGACUGGGUCCUGCGCCAUCGCAAGAAGUGCCACAAUCUGACUCUGAAGACGAUCCUCGGCGAGCUGGUUCGCCAGCUGCAUAAACAUGGAGCUGCUGAACCUGGAGCUGCUGAACAUGGACCUACUAAGCAUGGAGCUGAUGAGCUGAUGAACGUCGACGAGCGCCUCUGCAGGUACCGAGAGAGGCAAAGAACAAGCCUUAAACCAAGCAGAAUGCUUGACGAUGCCCUCCUCACGGCGAUGAUGGAUACGGAUCCGACUUCCUCGAUCAACGCCGGCUGGAUGACUUGA